GGUCGUGUGCCGGCGCGCUCCGCGGGACGGUCAGACAUGACCGGCUGAUUGGACUGGGAGAGACACGCAGAGUAGAUAGAGCGACAGACUCCGUAGGGAGGACAGUGAGCGGUAUGAGGUGGUGUGUGAUGGCGGCGGUAGCGCCGUUGCUGCUGCUGAUGCCCGUGUUGGCAGCGGAGUCUCCCCAUGAUACGCCAGCAGAAUUGACCGCCGAUGUGCUCCGCCAGCUGCGUGUCCAAGCUGGAGAGUUCGGCGAUCAGCUGUGGUCCCGAUCGGCAAGCUCAGACGACACACACCGACUUCGGCGCUACCUCAGGGACUACAUCCGACUUCUAGCGAGGCACGGUGUGCGUGAGCCAGCGCAGGUGCGCGCACUGGUGGCCCAGCAUACCGCCCUCCUUCCGGCCGUCAUCACCCAGCCGGAGGCGCUCCGACCACUGCUGAUGGCAGACGGAGCACGCCGACUCAGCAUGUACAAUCUGCUGGACGCGGAGGUUCCCCUGCUGGGCCAGGAGGAGCCAGAAGCGCAGCCUCAGCGACAGACCCUGAGACAGCCUCGGCCACAGCAGCAUCAGGACGGUGAUCUUCCUUCCAGAGUGGUCGUCUUCAGUGCCUACAACAAGGACGUGCCGGCGGCGGUGAGGGAUAAGCUGACGGCCUCUGACGCGCCGCUGGGAGAGGGGGAGCUGGACGGCCUGCUGUUGGAGCUGCUCCAGGCGGCUGCUCAGAGACACGAGGCGAUAGGCGAGUCCGGCCCGACCGCUCCCACCGCUGCGGAGUUCUCAGGAGACUCGCAAGAUCCAGGUACAGUAAACAGAACUAAAAAGGGCAUCGUCAGCGUGUCAAAGAAGGACUCACAGACCUCGUACAUCAUUUACCCCGACAGGAAACCGGCAGCGAACCGGCCCAAACAUCGACGUCCGCAGCAGAGACUGGACGACGCCGGGUUCCAGACCAUCAACGCUCAGGUGGAGACCUUCGACAUGAACAGGCAGUCGCUGGUCACAAGUCAGGGUGUCUCACCGGAGGGAGAGCGUCUCACGACCGUAGUGCCAUCACCUCCCACGGAGCGGCCUGGAUUGGCCUCUCGCCGUCCUCGACCUCAGCGGAGGAGGCCGACCCAUCGGACACGAAGGCCGCCAACUUCUGCAUCAACUGAACCACCCCGUACAGCAACAUCGCCAAGACCGACUCGGACCACCACAGAGCCAAGCACACCGAGUGACCAGGUUAGCUCGGAAGUGCCUGAGGCUGUCACCGUUCAGCCUCAGUCCGAGGUGGAGUCACGAUCGACGACAAGGCAGCUGGUAGCACCGGGAGACCUUUCCACCGAGCAGACUGGUCAGUCAUUGCAGUACGGAGACUAUCCGCAGGAUGACGAGCUAUUUCAGUACUACUACGACUACCAGGAUGACGGCGGGGACUAUCAGACAGGCCCGGGAGACUACCAGCCUGUACAGGAAGUCUACCGACCCUCACAGGCCUAUAGACCUAGUGAAGAAGGUGGGAGCGAGGCUCCUCCAGCCAACAUCGAGUUCAAACCGGAGCGACCGUCCACGGGACGUCCAGCCGUGAUCAAGUCAUCACUAGUGAUCAUCCCGCCCCCACCAGAGCCACCCAAGGACGACACUAAGCAGGUAGUGAGAUACACAGCCACUCCCCCGCCGAUGUCUGUGUCCGCCAGACCCGCCGAAGAUGACCAGAAGCCCUCAGAGGCAGGGAUGUCGGCUAAGCAGCCUCCUAAUGGCUCGCCUGGAGAUCAGAGCGUGGACCCUUCCAAAGACGUAACUGGAGAUCUACCGCAAGCACCCGGAGGAUCGCAGUCAGAUCAGCCAGAGAUCAGUCCAGGUCUCCAGGCGUUCCUGGCACGCUAUGAAAAGACCCAGAAGGAGCGAGGACAUCAACAGGUUCAAGAUCGGCCUCCACAGGAGGACGGUACGGGUAUGCCAGCAUCUGAGGAGAUAGAAUACCGGCGACCCGCUCCGCAGCCGAUUCCCACAGCCCCACCUCCAGCAGUCGCCCCCGCUCCCGACAUGCCUGAAUCGAGCGAUGGCCAGCCCCAAAAGAAAUACCCCAAGGACCCAUGGGAGCUCUUCAACGCCUUAUUCGAAGACGAUGAGCGCACUGAGCGGCCGCCGGUACCGACGACCACGACUCCUCCACCAACACGUCAGCCCUCCCGACGUCCAAUACCGUCCUUGUCUGACCUGCUGAUCCCUCUGCUGACGACGUACCACCGGUUCCAACAGGUGAGCCUUGGAGAGCAGCGUCCGACUCCGCGUCCGACUCCUGCCGGACCCCUCGGCCAGAUUCCGCUGCUAGUGCCGCCUCAGCCGACGGUUCAUUACGCACCGACGCCGCCUCCAUCGCCGCCCCAUGGUUUGCUGGCUCACCGAGUGGGGCGGCCGCAAGGUGGUGGAAGACCGCAAGGAGGUGGUGGAAGGCCUCAGCAUGGAGGAGGAAGGCCACAGCAUGACGGAGGAGACGACGUUCCGCUAGUUCAAACGAUCCCGUUGUCUGAUCCGCAGCUGAGGCUGCCCAAGCUGCCUCUGCCGUUCGGGAUCAUCAACGGAAUGCAGGUUUCAGACGGCCAGGAUGACAGUGAGACUCGCCCAAGGCCGCCUGAGAAAGACGGAAUGGAGGGAGGAAGGCCUUGGAUGAGGCCCAUCGACCUUAAUAGACCGGAUUUGGGGAGACCAUGGCAUGGCGCAGAGGAAGACUCUGACCGGCGACGACCACCGAUGAUGUCGCAUGGACCUCAGAACAGAGUGGGAGCAGUUGCCGAGUCGGAGAGACCACCAAUGACAAGGCCAGAGAGGCCAUUCGGCCCGCCCAGACCAGGAACAGGGUCCAACGCCAACCGGAGAAGACCUAGACCACGGCCCGCCUUCAAUCCAGACAGACCUCAGAAACGCCCCCAGCCGCCCUGGUUCGGAGACCAGGGAAGACCAUGGUCAGGUCCUGUAGUUCAGGAUGAUCGAGAAAGGCCACCGCCCGACUUCGCCAUUGACAGGGUUCAGGAGGGACCUCGUCCUGAGUUCGGGCCAAACCAAGACCAAGAAGGUCCUCGGCCUGGCCGCCCAGCUGACCGUCGUCCCGAAAUGCGUCCAGAGUUUCGUCCAAGACCUCGUCCAGGGGGCCGCCCAAGACCGCCACCGGAAGUUCUUGCCGGAAUGCACCCACCGCUGGACCUCGCCUCUCACUGGCGACCAGACGCGCCCGAGAAACCGAUGAUGCUGGCGACUCGACCUCCACCAUCAGCUGAUCGACCCGAAUUGCCGAUCCGAGGUCACUUCCCACACCUGCUACAGAACAGAGAUGGGCCUCCCUCUAGUGAGCGGCCAGAGAACAACACGGAAGGUCGGCCGGGACGACGGCCGAUGGACAGCACCGUGAACGGGGUUCCGCUGGUAGAGUUGAGGCUGCCUCAGUUCCUGGCAGGACUGCAGGGCGGUAGGCCGAUUCCGCCUCACCUGGCGCCACCACCGCCUCGUCUGCCCCUCGGGCCGCAACUGCCAGGCCCUCCACCGCAUAUGUUUGAUCAUCAGACGUCCCACGACGCUCACGGACCUCACGAAGGACCACCUCACAAUACUCAUGAACGUCACGAAGUCGCAGGACCACAACAUGACCAGCCAGACACCUUCCACCACCCACCUCCUCAGCUGCAACCUACAGCUCCUCCCGCGCCAGCUGCCACCACCGAGCAUCCAGUGAUGCGUCUGACACGGCCUCCACCGCCAGCAGAGAACUACUACCCAGCAGCAUCACCUACUCAGGCUGCAGACUACGGUGACUACGAGGACAUCAUCACCGCUUCCGCGCCUCUACCAGACCUGAAUGAGAUCGGCUCUCCAGCCCAGACUACUACGGAGAAGGAUCUGGAGACCCUGGGCGCGAUCGUUUCCAGUGUGCUGAGUCACCAGCCGAACCAGACCGAACAGGCUGCGAUCGACAGGAACAUACUAAGAAAGAGGUACGGGCUGGCGGCUGUUGGUGAGGGAGGGUACCAUGACGAAGAAGGAGGGUAUCAGAGGUACGAUGUCUACGAACAGAGGGUGGAGGAUAAAAAGCCAAUCGACUUCCAGCAGUGGCAGCCGCAGACGACCAGCGAGACUCCGAUCAGCUCUGAACGUCCAGAGAACAGGGUAACCAGCAUGCCUGCCCGACCUCCGAGACCUCAGCCUGUCACACCAACGAACCUACCCGAGCCUUCGAGAACAACUCAGCUGCCCGAGCCCGCCAGACCAACCCGACUUCCGCAACCAAACAGACCGUCACGACCGACCCAGCGAACUAGAAUAACCCAGCCUCCACGUCAGUACGAGAGGCCAGUGAGACCUGCGUACCAACCACCCCCUCGUCCUUCCACAACUUCAACAACGCCGUCAACCACCACAGCAUCGACAUCAACCAGCACGACCGAGAUCGCCCUCCUCGCAGAGCUGCCGUCUCAGGGCCCGGCGCUGGACCGUUCCAACGCCGUGCCGGGGUACGAGCUACCCGCCAACUCCACUGACGACGCUCCCACAGAGCCAGUGAAGUCAGCUUCACUGCCCUCCGAGGAGAUCGCCUACAUCCUGAUCGGCACCACUGCCGGCCUCAGCGUCUUCUGUCUGGUGAUCGUCGCCGUCACGAUGAAGUGCAGGAGAAACUGUAGCGUAUACGCCCUGCUGUCGAGACUGAUGCACUCGGAGUAUAUCCAGGAUCUCGGAAGUCGGAUGUCCUCCGCGCGGUCUCACCGCUCCGCGGCUGGUGGAGGCGGGGAUGCGCCUACGCACAAGCUCGGCUCGUGGUUCAACGGAAGGUCCGAGUCGCUAGGCGGAGCAGAAAAGUUCCGCAGCAACAUGGCGCUGCCGGUAGGCUAUAGCAGCAACAUCUCAUCACUGGGUGUGAAGCAGCCCAAGCCACACGGCUACAGCGUGCGUCGACUGGACGUUUCCGCCGGCCAGCUGGUGAGCUCGACCUCGAGCAGUGCUGGGUCUGUGGCGGACACCUCAGACGACCAGGCGACGCUGGAUCACAAGCGCGAAGGCAGCGGCUCGGAAGCAGGACGUGCUGCCAGUCGCGGCACCUCGUGGCUGCACGGUUCGUACGUGUUCGGCAGCGGACAGGCGCGGCCGCGACCCGGCCCGAGCGACGGACCCGUGCAGGGAGUCCUCUAUCGGCGCAGCUCAGACGAACUGCCUCCCACGCCUGCGGCAGCUGCCGCCGCUGCUUCAGAUGCCAUAACAUCAGCUGCCUCGGCCUCUGCUGGAGAGUCUAAGAGGUCCCGGCGGCGAGCACCUUCGGGAUCCCAGCAGGCGACGGCAUCCCCGUCACGACGCGGAGGCAGCAGCCGUCAUGGCAGCCGUCAGGGUAGCCGGCGCGGACCUGAGCUAUCCUCCAUCCGUCACCAAGAGUCACCAGCUGAGACUAGCAGCCGCGCCUCACACCGCCAUCGCAGCCGUUCGCGAGCUGCCAGUCCAGAGAUCGGCGCCAGACGCCGCAGUCAGUCCAGAGCUCGCAGCCCCGAACACCGCGGUCGGAGGCGCAGUCACUCGCGAGCUCGGAGUCCGGAGCAGCACAGACGGCACAGGAGCCACUCACGAGCGCAAUCUCCUGAGCGUCAGGUGCGCCACCGCAGUCAGUCGCGCGCGCGCAGUCCCGAGCGGCGCAGCCGGCGCAGUCUGUCACGGGCCACCAGUCCGGCGGUGCUGGCGGCGGCCGCGGCUGCUGCGUCCGUGGGGGCGGUCAGGCGGAGUCCGAGCGAGCCCCGCCAGCAGCGCCGCCGGCCCAGGGACUCCUCUCGGCCACGGGAGGUCUCUGAGCACCGCGCCUCGCUGCGGCACGUUCGCUCACUCGCUGAAGCCGUCUCGGAGGGCUCCAACAGCGCCGUCAACUGGUCCUCUAGCGAUGAGCGGCUUAUCUGAGACGAGUGAUUCGCUCACAGGAAAGGGUCAACCGAAACAGAGGCUCAUUUCAAGAGAAAAUGUGAAGAAAACUGAUCGGCAGGGCCGAGUGAUCCUGAAUUACCAGUGUCGAUUGGUCGCAGGCUAUAAAAAAAAAAUCUGAGGCAUUACUAGAAGCAGAUGACUGAGGCUGGGACCAAGAACUAGGGCACUGUUACAAGUCAAAUGACAGUCUGAGGCAUUAUCAGAGCUCAAAACCAAAUGGGGCAUACGAAGCUAUGAACAAAUAUGGAAAAAGUAUAGGUUUCUUAAACAGGGAAGCCGGCAGUGUCGAAUCGACGGAGCCAAUGAAGUGGCAUGAAAAAGUUUACGGUCACCUAGAGCGAAGGGUAUGGAUGGAUGAUCCAUUUUCUAGCUGAUGUCUGCCAUCAAACGUGAAAUGAGUUCGGCAUGACGGGAAAAUGUAGCUAUGCCAUUUUUGUUAUUUGUUGUACGAUGUUUUGUUUUAUGUAUAUUUGGGUCCGGCGACCCACGGCCGUCCGAUGCAAUAUGUCGUCAACGUUCGUUACGAUGUCGUUAUGUUGUUACGGCCGUGCAUUUGCUGUCAUGUUACGCGAGGUGGUGUGGUGAUGUGAGAGUAUGAGUGAUCGGGGCGGGGACGUAUGACAUGAAUGUAAGCGCAGUGCGGCACAUUACAUUCUUGGAUAUCGGUGUGACAUCUCGUUCACGGCGCAUUGUAAAAGUUGUUGUGUUAUGCGUGGUUCUGUGGCAUUUAUUCUGAGCGAGAUGUGAGCGGCAUGCGUCCUUCUGUGCCCAUGUCCCAUGUGCUGUCCGUCCUGAAACGUUUAUCUCUGUUGAUAUUAGUGAUUUGUUAUAUCGUUUGUAUGAUCUUCUAGUUACAAUAUUUACAUGAUUUGUCGUGGGCACUAAAAACGGCAUUACCAUGUAACAAUCGAAGGGUGUUGAAUGUGUGUUUCGUAGCAGGUUGCUCAAGCGUCAGCUUGUUAGACCCAAAACGAGUCAUGUUUAUCCAGUGAUGUUAGAACCUGCGCACUUCGUAUAAAUACACGUGAAAUGAAGUAAUAA